GCAGCAGCAAUAGGUUCCCUGGUCAUGUAGUGACGUCAGGAGCGGCGGCCAUUUUCUUGUAGACCAGUCCGCCAGCAGUAGCAAUAGGUUCCCUGGCCGUGUAGUGACGUCAGGAGCGGCGGCCAUUUUCCACUGGUCUGAGUUCCGCCUUCCUUCUAUCAUUCCCACAAGGCAGCAGGAGCAGAGAGCAGCCAUUGCUGUGUCUGGCAGCAGACAAUCCAGCUGUGAGGAGCGAGAGGUGUUAUUACAAGGAGCACUCAGAAUGGAAAAGGACAAGAAUCACAAGACUGAUUUGAUAAUAAAUCUCACUCUGGAAAUCCUCUACCUGCUGACUGGGGAGGGUUACACAGUAGUGAAGAAGACAUCCAAUGAGUGUGAGACACCCAUCAGCCAUCUCUGUGUGUCAGGAGGACUGAGGAGGACCCAGAGCCCCAUCACAGUUCCUCUACCUCACUCACUAAUACAUGAGAGACACAAUGACCAGAAGAUCCUGAAACUCGCCAACAAAAUCAUUCAGCUGCUGACUGGAGAGGAGGAGGAGUAUAUAGAGGAACACAGGGGUCUGUACAAGGACGUGAUGAUGGAGAAUCACCGGCCCCUCACAUCACUGGAUGGGCCCAGUAACAGAGAUACCCCAGAGAGAUGUCCCCGUCCUCUGUAUUCCCAGGAUUGUACAGAGGAGAAUCACAGGACCCCACAGGAGGAUCAGGGGGACCAGCUGACUGAUAUGAAGAUAAAUGAUAUAGACAGAGAAGAAGAGACGUAUGUGACUGAUAUGAAGGCAGAAGAUAUAGAGGGAGAAGAAGAGACGUAUGUGACUGAUAUGAAGGCAGAAGAUAUAGAGGGAGAAGAAGAGACGUAUGUGACUGAUAUGAAGGCAGAAGAUACAGAGGGAGAAGAAGAGACGUAUGUGAGGGGUGAUCAGCAGUGUAAGGAGGAGGACAUCCCUACAGACAUCAGGACAGCAGAUGGACACACAAGCAGGAAUAUCUCAGGAGGACAUCUAAUGUUAUCCCCGAAUUGUGAAAUAAAAGAUAAUGACCGUACACAGGAUUCUCCAGGAGAUAACCCCAUUACCCCAAUUAUACAUCCAGCUCUAUCAGCUGAUCCCUCUGAUCCUGGGAAAUGUUCUCCUGAUCACUCUGAUAUUGGUGCAUCUGUUACAGCUCUGACAGUAGAUACAGUGUUUCCCUGUUCUAUAGAUGCCAAAUGUUUUACACAGAGCACAAACCUUAUUACCCAUCAACCAGCUAAGGCAGAUGAGAGGCCAUUUCCAUGUUCUGAGUGUGGGAAAUGUUUUACAUGGAAAUCAGCUCUUGUUAGACAUCAGAGAAGUCACACAGGUGAGAAUACAUUUACAUGUUCUGAGUGUGAGAAAUGUUUUGCAUGCAAAUCAGCUCUUGUUACACAUCAGAGAAGUCACACAGGUGAGAAGCCAUUUAAAUGUUCUGAGUGUGAGAAAUGUUUUGCACAAAAACCAAAUCUUGUUACACAUCAGAGAAUUCACACAGGUGAGAAUCCAUUUCCAUGUUCGGAGUGUGGGAAAUGUUUUUUACAGAAUUCACAACUUGUUACACAUCAGAGAAUUCACACAGGUGAGAAGCCAUUUUCUUGCUCUGAGUGUGGGAAAUGUUUCGCACAGAAAUCACAACUUGUUGCACAUCAGAGAAGUCACACAGGUGAGAAGCCAUUUUCUUGUUCUGAGUGUGGGAAAUGUUUUACUCAUAAAUUUAAACUUGUUGCACAUCAGAAAAGUUACACAGGUGAGAAGCCAUUUACUUGCUCUGAGUGUGGGAAAUGUUUUGCACAGAAAUCAAAACUUGUUACACAUCAGAGAAGUCACACAGGUGAGAAGCCAUUUCCAUGUUCUGAGAAAUAAGCUCUUGUCGCACACAAUAGACAUCACUCAGGUUAGGAACCAUUUUAUUCUGGAGUAUAUUUAUCAUUGCCAUGUAAUGUUCUUCAAGGUUCUUAUCUUAUCUCCCAUGCUUUUUGCAAUAUACAUGCUACCACUGGGUGAAACAAUCAGAUGUCAUGUCCUCGUUUACCACUGCUAUGCUGAUGACCUGUCUUUUGCUCCGGGUACUGAACAAAAUACCAAUCCUAAAUGUCUAGCUGAGCUCCAGGUGUGGGUGAUGCCAGUUGGCUGUGACUCAGUCCUGGUGAAACAGGUCCUUAUGAUAGAAGCUCACCAACAAAGGGCAGGGCUACAGCUCAGCUUUGCCUACCAACCAGACUUACACUUGGGGGUUCAGAGUUACAAAAUGCUGAUCAUGUGCGGAAUCUUGGUGUCCUGGAUGGUGGAGUGACACUUAGACAUCAGAUAACAGCCACAAUCAGAUCCUCAUCUGAGGAACAUAGCCAGACUCAAGCACUUGAUUCCCUCAGAAGAAUGACCUACAGUCAUACAUGCAUUUGUUUCAUCACACAUAGGCCUCUGUAAUAUCCUCUACCUGGGUCUCCCAGUAAAAAAAUUGCACCACUUGUAGCUUGUACAGAAUCCAGCAGCCAGGCUUUUAGCUAAUCAGCCUGUUCCUGCCACAAAACGCCCAUUCUCUGCUCCCUCCACUGGCUGCCUGUAAGAUAGUGACUGUACUACAUAAUCUGCUUACUGACUCCCAGCCCUAUGUGACCAUGGUCCGUGGUACCAGAAGCAGCUUCUGCCUCCUUACUGCCCUGCUUGCUUUCU